UAUUUACUUCCGACUCACAUUCCCAUUACACCAACCCGGCCUUUUCUCUUUUUACUCAUUUUGCUUCAUGGAUUGGUUAGAGAAGCUCUUUUUUGCUGGCUUCAUCAUUCUUGCUGCAGCCAUUGAUGGAGCUCGGGCAGAUGCUAUGGUCACUGGCACCGUCUUCUGUGACCAAUGCAAAGAUGGCGAAAGGUCCCUCUUUGAUUAUCCCAUUUAUGGAAUUAAAGUCACAGUCUCCUGUGCCAAUAGUGAGGGGCAAGUGACAAUGUCAAGGGAAGAGACUACAAAUUGGUUGGGAAGCUAUGUACUGAAAUUUGAUGGUGCCCCAGACUUAAGCGGUUGUUAUGCCCAGGUUUCAGGCAGUGGACAAGGUUCAGAGGGUUGUGGGGCAGCUGCUGGUGCUGCCCAAAAUCUUAGACUUAUGUUUAGGAUAUUUGACAUGGAGAUGUACACAGUGGAUCCUUUGCUGUCUCAGCCAGCUCAGCCUAUGUCAUUCUGCCCGAGGUCAGCUAACCCGGUGCCUGCACCGGUAGCACCGGCACCACCAACAAGGUCUCCUCCGCCUUUCAGGUUUCCGCCACUGCCCGGAUUGCCACCACUGCCUCCGCUACCACCGCUGCCGCCAAUGCCACCACUGCCCUUCAUGGAAGCUUCAGCAUGCCCACAUGAAAAUUGGACAAUGCCGGAGUACAAAUGCUACUGGAGGGCGGUGAACCCAGACACAAAGGUAGGGGUUGCCUUUGGUUUGGUCGCGGCUAGGCGAUAUGGGACAGACAUGACACUGUGGCAAGGUCUACAAGGAAGAGGAGACGUCUAUAGGACCCUUCUAAGGGAAGGGACCACUGCCUUUCUCAACUCUUACAAUAGCCUUCAAUUUCCUUACAAUGCAAUCGGUGUGGUCCAACACAUGAACUGGGCCUUGAUGGGCUCCCCGCGAAGUGCCCUCCUCACGGCUCUGCGGUUCAGGAGGGCCAACUCUGGUUCUGGGCCUUCGGGCCAUACUGUCACUUGCAAAUUCACCCCUUGCAAGUGAUUUAUUGCUCGCCAUUAUAGAAUUUACUAGAUUAUUGAUAUGCAUUAUGAGUAAUUAUUGUUAUUUUUAUGGAUUUUAUUAAGUUAAAAUAAAGGAUCAAGGUAUUUGACAUAGUUUUUCAUUC